AUGUUUGUUCUAUUUGAUUUCAACGCGAAAGAACCAGGUAUCGGGACAAUCAGUUCAAUUAAGAUUCCUAUUCUGCUAGGUAAUGAAAACGCAAUGGCAACAGUACGAGACAUAUGGGUUAAGGAAAGAACCAAACUAGUGGUCAGGUGGCCUAGAGAAUUCAACUCAGUCAUCUAUGAAAGAGUUUAUGAAAAAAACAACCGUUUUGAUUGUGAUCACAGAUCUGGAUUUGCUGUGGCAAUAUCGAUGCCAGAUCCAAAACAACAAUACCUACUUGAACUCAGGCAACAGCUCAUUCUUGAUAAAACUUCAGCAAAGAACAAUGCGAAUGAACUACAUGGACUCGAUACAAGGCAGAAGACAAGAAGAACACUUGUGUAUCCUGAAGAUGACACAACUGAAACAGCAUCUUAUUCUCAACACAAUCCUACAGAGGACCUACUGGUCGAAGAAAUUGAUGAAUUGAAGGCCACCAAUAGAAAACUUGAAGAAACAAUUACUCGACUCAAAAAAGAUUUGAUGCAAAAGGAAGAUGAAAAUGAGGAACUGACGAAUACUCUGGAAAUGUUACGUUCGUGGUGCGAACAGCCAAAAGAGUUAGCACAGCAAAUGAAAGAGAACCUUCUUCAACUUACGGACGCUAUUUCAAACUUCAAUAGACGGUCGGAAUUCUUACCUCCAACACCUUCCGCUAGUCCUGAUCAGUAUGCUGCUAAGAGAAUGGUUCCGUUCGACGGUGACAUCACAAUAGAAUACAAUGCGCUGCGGGAUGCAAUUUGCUACGGGAGAGAAGGCCAAUCGAAAGAUUCACUCAACGCAAUGGUAGCAACCCUAAUUGAUUAUUUUAUCCUGCCCAAAGAGCAGGGUGAAUACUCUCUUAGUGGACGUCCGUGCCGGUCAAUCCCCAACAGUAAGCCGAAGAAGCCGUUCCCAGUCUUUAUCAUAGAUGCUAUGACCAAUUUCAUUCUUCCGAGAUGGAAGACCUGGCACAAUAAUGACUUAUCAAAAGAACAAAUUAAGGCUGCCAUUACCGCAAAACUCGUAAAUAGCCAUUCAAAAAUCAAAAAGAAGAAUUUAAAAGGACAGCAGCUAAAUAUUGAAGAAGAAAUAUUAGGCGGUGGAACUAAUGACAACUAUGGAAAUCAGCAAGCAGGAAGCAUUGAAUAAGAAACCUAAGUUUAUUUGUAUGCGUGAAUUUUAAAUGUUCUGCCAUUUCGGGCCCGAGUUCAAUUUUGUUUCCCCAGUUGUUUCUUACCCUUUUUUAUUCCUCUGAUGCCGUGUCAAACGUAUGUUAAACUUUUUUAAGCGUACACAUUACACACUCGUUGUUCACACUUGUGUGAAUUUUACCUUACUGCCUUAAUUUGCUGCCCUUGAUUCCCUUUUUAAA